AUGAGUGAUACGUACGUUGUUGUCGGAGCUGGAAUAGUUGGCCUGUACACGGCAUACUCGCUGGUAUAUGAAGCUGGUGUCAGUCCCAAACAUAUAACCAUAGCUGCGGCGCACAUUCCAGGCGAUCAGAGCAUUAACUACACCUCUCCCUGGGCAGGUGGUAAUUUUUCCUGCAUUAGUCCAGGCGACAAGAAGUCUCUUUCCUAUGAUCGUUAUACGUACACCCAUCUGGCUGAGAUCCAAAAAAAGCUGGGCGGUCCAUCAUGUGGUCUGGACAUGAGACCAGCUACAGACUACUUCCACAAAUAUCCUCCUGCGAAGAAAAUGGAGUCGCUAAAGGAGUACGUGAAAGACUUCCGCAUUCUCGAUAAGAGUGCGCUGCCUAAGGGAAUUGUUUUUGGGAUUAGCUAUACCACCUGGAACUUUAACUGUCCACUGUUCCUGCAGAAUUUGGCUAGUUUCUUGGAAAAGCUUGGCGUGACUAUCAUCAAGAAGAAACUCGAACACUUGUCGCAGGCCUUUUUAUCACCAAAUACUAAAAUAGUUUUCAAUUGUACCGGAAUUGGUGCAAUAACUCUGGGCGGCGUGAAGGACACCAAUGUGUAUCCUACGCGUGGGCAAGUUGUGGUCAUUAAGGCUCCACAUAUUCAAUUCAACAUGUGUUUGUGGACAAACGAAUCGGCUACUUACAUAAUUCCUCGGCCAAACUCUAAUGGAGAGCUUGUGAUGGGAGGAUUUUUGCAAAAAGGUAUCAGCACUGGUGACACCUUCAAGCACGAAACCGAGGAUAUCAUUAAGAGGGCAACCGAGAUGGCACCACAAAUUCUGGAUAAACCUCUGGAUGUGGUGAGAGUGGCUGCAGGACUUAGACCUUCGCGUCAUGGUGGGCCUCGGAUUGAGGUCGAGGAAGUCGAAGAUGAAAAACUCGUUAUCCAUAAUUACGGGGCUUCCGGAUAUGGAUAUCAGGGAGGAUGGGGCAUGGCCCACGAUGCGGUCAGAUUGCUUAUCAAAGCGCAACGGGGAAGCAUGGCGGCGUUAUAG